CGGAGCGGCAAGUUCCAGCCUAGGCGACGUAUCAAUUUGAUUGGCCGCCUUCAAUUAACACAAGAGGUGACCAGCGAAGAGGAAAAUAUGGCAAUCGUCCAGCUUCGUCAGCUGCGUGCUCAGGAGGCAAUCAUCAUGAUCAUGAAGGCGCGCAAACGUCUUUCCAAUCACGAGCUUUACAAGGAGCUUGUUGAUCUUUUACGUUAUCAGUUUAUGCCGUCAAAGCGUCUAAUCAAGGAGGUGAUCGAGUGGCUGAUUGAACAUCGCUACAUGCAGCGAGAUGAGACCGAUAUGAACUGGCCUCGUCUAAUGUCGUAUUUCUUUUCUCUUUCUGUCCUAUCAAUCCUCCUAUUCUUGUCCUUAUUUAAUCUUUGUAUCCUGAAAGCCUACUUCGGACAAUUGCGUUUCGGCUAUUCUUUCCCCUUGCUUCUACUCGCCGCCUUUCUCCUGUCUUCACUUCCUGAGUUGUCCGAGAGCAAGUAA